AUGAAGAUCCAAUACCUGCUCCCCACUCUGCUGUACCUCUUGCUUGUGCUGCUGAGGCGUGGUGGUGAGUGUUUGGUCAUCCCAGCUUGGGCCCACAGGGCUCCCCUAGGCAGGGGCCAGCUCCAGACUGAUGGAGCCAUUGUAUUGUCUGUCCCUGAAGUGGUUUCAUUAGAAAGUGGAAGUUCAACAAAUGUCACUAUCUCUCUGAGGGCUCCAUUAAAUGAGACGCUGGUGAUAACUCUUAAUAUUACACACUCAUCAAAACACAGCACCAUUGUUGAAUUGCCUGAUGAAGUACAGUUGCUUGCAGGUCACACUAAAGCAGACUUCCAAGUGAAAGCAGAUGAUGUUGGACAAGUAACAGUUUAUCUUUAUACCAUUAAUUCCAACUUAACUGGACCUAGGAUUCAAUUUCAAGUGAUUCAUAGCAUCAUAGUGAGAUACGCUGAUGAGGUGAUUGGCUGGAUCUAUUUCCUCGCCUGGUCUGUCUCCUUUUAUCCUCAAAUCUUUGAGAACUGGCGACGAAAAAGUGUUGUUGGACUAAGCUUUGACUUCAUCGCAUUAAACCUUACUGGCUUUAUAGCAUACAGUGUGUUUAAUGUUGGACUUUUCUGGAUUCCCUUGGUUAAGGAGGAAUUCUUAGUCAGUUAUCCCAGCGGGGUGAACCCUGUGGCUAUCAAUGAUGUUUUCUUCAGUCUCCACGCAGUAGCUCUCACUCUCCUCACCGUCGUUCAGUGCUGCAUCUACGAGAGAGCAGGUCAGAAAGUAUCCAAAGUUGUUGUGGGACUACUGGCACUUGCGUGGAUCUUCACAUUUACAACACUGUUUCUUGCUGCAGCUGAGGAAAUGACAUGGCUACAGUUCUUAUUCUGCUUCUCUUACAUUAAGUUAGCAGUCACACUGAUAAAGUAUUUUCCACAGGCAUACAUGAAUUUCCGUCGGAAGAGUACUGAGGGAUGGAGUAUUGGAAAUGUAUUACUGGACUUCACUGGUGGAAGCUUCAGCCUCCUCCAGAUGUUUUUGCAGUCAUACAACAAUGAUCAGUGGAAGUUAGUCUUUGGAGAUCCAACCAAGUUUGGCCUGGGUGUCUUCUCAAUCGUCUUUGAUAUUGUUUUUAUGGUCCAGCACUACUGCCUUUAUAGGAGACGAGGGUAUGAACCUUGUGAAUAACAUCACUUACGAAGAUAAAAACUUUAAAUUGAACUUGCCCUGACCCUGGCUGAGGGCUUUCAAGAUGCCUACCGCCACUUACCAGAAAUACUGAGUCUGAUCUCUGUUUAUACUUCAACCCUCUCUGGUAUGGAAUACAAGCUGUUGCCUUGCCAAAUGCUGAUUGCCAGAUGCCUUAAAGGACAGCAACCUCUCUAGCCACCACUUGCAAAUGGAAGCCCUAUGCCUGCUGAAGCUCCAAAGACAGCUUAACUUGAGCUGUCCAAGCAACAUGUGGCUCUUCUUCCAUUAACAACAGGAAAGAGA